GUUCCCUCCCUCCCCGGGCGCGCUCGGGCCGCCGCCGCGCUCCCCGCCCUCCAGCCGCCCAGCCGGAGCCGCCCGCUGCCGGGGGAGGAGGUGGAGGAGCCGCAGGGGCCCGCCGAGGCGGCGGCAAGAUGGCGGACUUCCUGCCGUCGCGCUCCGUGCUGUCCGUGUGCUUCCCGGGCUGCGUGCUGACGAACGGCGAGGCCGAGCAGCAGCGCAAGUCCAAGGAGAUCGACAAAUGCCUGUCGCGGGAGAAGACCUACGUGAAGCGGCUGGUGAAGAUCCUGCUGCUGGGCGCGGGCGAGAGCGGCAAGUCCACCUUCCUGAAGCAGAUGCGGAUCAUCCACGGCCAGGACUUCGACCAGCGCGCGCGCGAGGAGUUCCGCCCCACCAUCUACAGCAACGUGAUCAAAGGUAUGAGGGUGCUGGUAGAUGCCCGAGAGAAGCUUCAUAUUCCCUGGGGAGAUAACAAAAACCAGCUCCAUGGAGACAAGUUGAUGUCGUUUGAUACCCGCGCCCCCAUGGCUGCCCAGGGCAUGGUGGAGACUCGAGUUUUUUUGCAGUAUCUUCCUGCUAUAAGAGCCUUAUGGGACGACAGUGGCAUACAGAAUGCCUAUGACCGGCGUCGGGAAUUCCAAUUGGGUGAGUCUGUGAAGUAUUUCCUGGAUAACUUGGAUAAACUGGGAGUACCGGAUUACAUUCCAUCACAGCAAGAUAUUCUGCUUGCCAGAAGACCCACCAAAGGCAUCCAUGAGUACGACUUUGAAAUUAAAAAUGUUCCUUUCAAAAUGGUUGAUGUAGGUGGCCAGAGAUCAGAACGAAAACGUUGGUUUGAAUGCUUUGACAGUGUGACAUCAAUACUUUUCCUUGUUUCUUCAAGUGAAUUUGACCAAGUGCUUAUGGAAGAUCGCCUGACCAAUCGCCUUACAGAAUCUCUGAACAUUUUUGAAACAAUUGUCAAUAACCGGGUGUUCAGCAAUGUCUCCAUAAUUCUCUUCUUAAACAAGACAGACUUGCUUGAGGAGAAAGUACAAGUUGUGAGCAUCAAAGACUAUUUCCUAGAAUUUGAAGGGGACCCACAUUGCUUAAGAGACGUCCAAAAGUUUCUGGUAGAGUGCUUCCGGGGCAAACGCCGGGACCAGCAGCAGAGGCCACUGUACCACCACUUCACCACCGCCAUUAACACGGAGAACAUCCGCCUCGUGUUCCGAGACGUGAAGGACACGAUCCUUCACGACAACCUCAAGCAGCUCAUGCUGCAGUGAUGACAAGACUCGCUGUUUAAUAGCUGUUGUGGUUUCGUUUGUUUGCUGUUUGUCUUGUUGUUUUACUAGCAGUUUACAUCAACAGUUAGAAAAAUCUCAAUUCUUUGUCUAACUCCUUGAAAUCUUAGUCCUUCUAUGGCCUUUAGUUUGUGGCUGAAAGCUGCUGAAUUAACACAUUGCCAAUAUCUGCCGGAAUUCAGGCUUUGAUCGGUGUCGCCAUGGCUUCCAUUCAAGUCCAGCCAGAACUUCAUGGGCAACCUCACACUUAGGUGUAUUUCAGGCUUUGAAUCCUUCUGCUUGCAAAUGGAAUUCUUCUGCAGUGCCAAGAGUAGACAGUAUCCUUAGGUACUUGGAGGGACAAAUUGUGAAUGUCCAGCUCUAAAAUAAGACCCAAGAGAGUGCCUUACACAGUGGUGACAUGCCUGGCUAGAGUGAGCCCUGCUCCGAAAGGGCUGUUAGAGGAAAGUUGAAGGGACAGCAGUCUGUCUCCAGAGGCUUCGCCUGCCUGUGUUUGCAGUUACUCACGCACAGCACUCAGUAGUUUUCUGCUCAGUUUCUUCAGUCUGAAGGUAAUGUCUUAAGUGUUUAAGUUUACAGUAUGGGUUUCAGCCUGAUGCUGAUGUGUUCACAAAUGGUCCAGGUACUAUGUUGAUCUAAGGUAGCCAGUGACAUGCGGUUUGCCUUUUCCAUACUUCACUGUCCGUAACUUCAUGUGCCAGGCUAGAAACAGCAGCCAGAAAGGGCAGGCACCUUGGAAACAGACAUCAGCGCAGAGGUUCCACAGUGCCAUGUGUGUGACUUUUUGGUCCUGUCUUAUUUGAUUUUGUGCCUUGCUGGAGGGAAUCAUUAUCUUCUUUUUUUGCCCUCCUGCCUCAACCUCAGCAACGCUGAACUGUGGCAUUUGUGGGGUUCUUUUGUCACAGAGAGCUUGGUGGGCAGUAUUUCCCUGUGAAAUAGCCAAGAAAACAUUCUUUAAGUACCCUGUUCACGGUUAGUGUCUCUGUAGAUACAGUUUGUACAUGUUGAUGGUGUCAUUGUGUAUGAGACUGAAGCUUUAUUGAGGUACACUUGAAUGUCUUAAGAAUUCAUCUAAGAAUAAGUAAUUGUUUUGAUCUGUGCUUAAAGAGUUUUUUCUUACACACAUACACGCACAUAUACACACCACUGACUGCUAAGUUAAACUGUGCCCAUGAGGUAGCUUUGUGAUUAGGUAAAUCCAUAGUGACUGAUGUACUAAAACAUGUGUCUUGUUCCACCUGGCCCCUGAGUCUGUAGAGCCUGAGCAUGUCUGCGUUCCCCGGAGAGUGCAUGAGGAUUGUGAUGGCCUGUUACUAUCCUAUGUGACUGUUCUUGGGCGAGAAACUGGGCCCUGAAAGGUUGGCCAAGCUUGAGGCUCACAGGCAGUGGCUCUCCUUACUCUGGCAGCUGUGAGAGCUUAGCCUCUUAGUGUGUUCUUGAUAGACCUGACUUGUCUUGGAUUUGAAUUUUUGCCGUCAUUUUGUUUAUAAAUUCCAGUGUUUUCUUGCCUUGGUAAUACACGAGCUUCAGGUGUGUACUCCAGGAUCACAAUGCAGGUGUCGUCAGCGCAAUCCACGCACAUUUGAGUGAUUCUUUAUCUAGUCCUUUCUGCCAAAAAGACUAUCAUUUAAGCUCAUGGGUUAGCAUAACUGCAGUGCUGAUGGAUGUGUGAACAUGUGCACAGGAACACUUGUUUUCUCUUCUGUUGAUUUAGCAGACAUUCUUUGUAUAUUGGCCAGGAGUAACUGAAGGCAGAAGUCAGUCCCUCCAGAAAACAUUUGUAUCCAGUUACAUUUAAGCACUGGUAAGAACAGAAAUACUGCUUGACAGAGCAGGAUCACCGGCUUUCUCCAUUGUUGCUAUUGCCAAGAAAUGACAAGAUCAUCUGACUCAAGACCGGAUCUUUCUGGGCAUCUGCAACUUCUCCCUGAAGCAUGCAGCAUCUCAGAACCGAAUGCAGUCUAGAUGCAUUCUGAGUGGUGGGUUCCUUACACGUAGUCUAUAUAGGAUUGUUUAGAAUUCAAAAGAGUGAGAGGCUCAGCCAAGAAGCCUUGGUCCACAUAUGAAGAGUCUUACACCUACAUCCCAAAAGCCAGGUCCUGUUUUAAGUUGAAAUGUGUGAAGAAGGAGAUGAAAUUUAGCCAACAGAAUUAAAAAGGUGCUCUACCUUCACUGUGCUGACUUCCCCCAAUCCCGAAACCUGGGAGUUGAGGCUCCAAGGGGCAUUGGACUUGGCAAGUCCUGGGGAGUAAGUGCAAUGAAUCAUGUCUAAUUACAGAUUUCUCUGAUCUGAAACCCUGCACCUUCCUGCAUACUGACAGAUGAUCACACCAGUGUCUUGGUUGACUUUUAAUUUUUAUAUAUAUAUAUAUACUUUACAGAGUUGCCUUACAAUGAAAGACCAACACAAAUUUAGAAAGGGCUUUGUUCCAUGCUUUCUUAAGAACUCAAUUCAAAGCGUGCUUCUGCCACUUAAAUAUUUUUAAUGGCAUGAAAUGUAGCCUUCUGCCAAAUGUUGUCUGUAUUAAAUUGAAGCCUCCAUUUCAGUUUUUCUAUCUGGAAGGGUACUGGAUAGUCAAGAGGAAAGCUGCAGCCAAGCACGACAGGGUGUCCUGAAGAGGGAGGGCCACUUUCCCCCCUCUCGUAAUGCAUUGUGUCUUCUGGUGAAGUUCUCAAGUUGGGACUCUACAAGGAAAUGCUUGCUAAGUUGGUGGAAGCUGUUGAUCCCACCACAUGAGUGACAGAAGUGACAAGUGUUCAAUGCAGCAAAAAGCACGUGUCCUCUAAGUAGAUCUUUCCAGUGUAAGUCCAAUUGCUUGGGCUUCAGUUUUGAUGGAUUUCUCAGCAUUGCUGUUCACAUCUGGUUAUGCCUGGUUGAUACGAAGAGUAAAAUAGCCAAGUUAAUGUGGUUAUAUCCUGAAACUCAAGCUAUUUGGAAAACCCUCAAAUUGGUGCUUUCAUUAUUUAAUGAUACAUUUAGGCAAAACCCCAAAUGAACCAUUUGAAAUGUGACUCCAGGUUGCAGUUUGUAGUAAUGUUAUAUUUUUCUCAUUUGAGAAGACCCAAGUGUCAGUGUUAAUCCUGUGUGAACCCAUGCAUCCUACCUGUAAAGCCCAGUCAAACAUUUGUAACAAGUUCCCUAAUAAAUCUAGAGAAAGCCACUGUGUUACCCUUUCAUUUCUUUUAAUCUUAUUUUUAAAUGGAGAAUAAAGUUUUGCAGGUCCUUUUCAUGUGGAAAUCCAAUUUUGGUUGUAUGUCUCUCAUUCCUGUGAUUUCAGCAUGUUAAAUUCAUGAGUCCCAUGAUGUUUUGUGCUGCUUGAAUGAAAGUACUUUCGGCUUCCUUUACUUUUUUCUUUUGUUAAAGCUGGGAAAUGAUUGGCUUUUCAGCCUAGUAAGAAAGCAUGAGGGCACACGAUGCCCGUUUUCUUAUGGUACGAGGUUAGGGCUUAGUCAGUUUACAAUAGAGACUGAAUAUUCUGUCAACCUGAUGGUGGCUUUUCCGAUACCAUUGGCUAGAUUCUCCUGGCUGGUUUGCAGAUCCAUCCGAGCAGUGCUUGUCCGCUAGCCUUCUUCCGUCCACCUGACUGUACAUCAGCAUUUGACUUUGCCUGUUAAUUCCUAUAUGGAGCAUUCAGGUCUAACCAUCCAGUUUGGAGUGCCAGGGAUGGCACAGAACAUGGUUUUGUAUUUGUAUUCUGUGUACUUGUUGAGGCAGGCUCUGCCUGUGUACCCCAGGCGGAUCUGGAAUUUGAGAUCCUCCUGGCUCAACAUCCCAAGUGCAGAGAUCACCACUUGUUUUUUCACGAAGCACUCGUUAUGUGGCAGUGUUUUGUGGGCUGUAAUGUGACUUGUGUGACCUUUGCUAUGUUGCUAGUGAUGAAAUUUCCAGAUGAUUUGAAGCCUGCCUGAAUCCACAAGGCAUAAAUUAUCAAUCUGUGACGAUCACUGAUAAUAAACCGCCCUCUUGGAAUGUAAUUCUGGUGUUAUUCACAGGUAAAACACUGCCAAAGUGAGCGUCAGUUUUGACACGAGCCGUGCCUGUCUGAAGGUACCAGGUGUGGCAGGGAGGAAGGGGGCAGUGUGUUGGUGUUGGUUGGGUGCAUAUGGUAAUGAAGCAGACUGCAUACUGUGUACCUUCUCUUUACCUUUUACUUGAAAGCAGAAUCACAAAACUAUCCUGGCUGACUUCUGUUACGUGGGAGCUCACGAGUACCAACAAGCCUUAUCAGAGGCGCACAGAGCAAUCCUCACAGAUGCAGUCCCUAACAAGACAUGCUUUAUACAACCCUGUAUAAAAGUAUUUGUGCCUUAGGUUCAUUUUUUCAUACAUCUUUUUAUAACUUUCCAGGAACUAAGCACGUUAUCUGAUACUGUUGUAAUUUUUUUGGGGGGGAGGGGUCGGUGCUUUAGUUCGAGGGUAGCAGUAAAUUAUUUCUACAGGAGGUCUGAGAGUGGAAGGAAUGGUUUUGUUCUAUAAAAUGGGUUGCUAGUCAUUAAGGCUUUUUACUUCUGUACAUAUUUUGCAAAACUUGUCUCUUUCCUAUUAAUAUUUGCUUUGUAAAAAUUACUGACAUUUAAUAAACAUUUAUAAACAA